ACCCCCAUGCCUCUUCGUUCGGCUCGUCAUAGUGAUACAUUGGUCUAGGGAGAGGGGACAGCCCGCACGUGUUCUCUGCCAAUCGACGCGACGGUGGGCUUGACGGGCUGGCUGUUUUUUGACAGGAUAGGAAUAAAGGUGGAUAGGACACUCCGGACAUGAAAAUCUUCUGGAACAGAAAAACAGAAGGAAAUUCCCAUUGGCAACGACAAGUUGAACAAAAGACUUUCUAGGCAACAAUGGGAUUUUUGAAAGGUUUGAAGAGAACGGUUUUUGACCAGAGCUCAAUUGUACCAAGUGCCCCUGCGGCACCGCAAGGUAAACCACCUUCGGAAAGAUCUAUAUAUCAAUCGAGAGAGAACUUCGGGGUUAAUUUUGGAUCACUAUUCGUAUUAGAGAAGUACAUUUUUGAUGAGAUGUAUAUUGAUGGUACUACCGUUGAGUUGGAUGCAAUUGCCAAAUACGUGGAAAAAAAUGGUGUCGACAACGCCCGGAGCAAGAUGGAGGCGCAUUGGACCAGCUACUGCAGUGACGAUGACUGGGCGUGGUUGAGAGAUAGAGGUAUCCAGUCAAUCAGAAUUCCUCUAGGCUACUGGACUGUUGCCGAUGGUGGAUUUACUAAAGGCACCAGCUUUGAAAAGGUCCGUCAAGUGUAUUCAAAUGCGUGGAAAAUCUUCAAACAGUACUAUGUCGAAAAAGCGAAACAGUAUCAAAUAUCUAUUCUGGUAGACUUACAUGCUUUGCCAAAAGGGGCAAAUACAGGGGAUCACAGUGGCGAGUGUUUCAAGUCUGCAGGCUUUUGGUCCGACAGUUCUUGCAUUAACCGGGCUGUUGAUGUCGUGACCUUUAUCGCAAAAGACUUGAAGAACUAUGAUAACAUAUCAGGUAUUCAGAUCGUCAAUGAAUCCGUGUUUGAUAACAACCCAGUCGGACAAGAAAAAUACUACGUUAAGGCAACCAACGCCAUCAGGAAUGAGAAUGCUGACAUCCCUAUUGUAAUCAGUGAUGGCUGGUGGGCAGACCAAUGGGUAAAGUUUUUACAAAAGUCAUCAAACGGAGACAUAGGAAGCCUCGGGGUAGUCAUUGAUGAUCAUGUUUAUCGGUGCUUCAGUGACGACGAUAAAAAAAAGAACGUGGACCAACUAAUCAACGACCUGGAUUCUUCCGUUCUCGCCGGCUUAUCAGCUGAAGCAGACUUUAUAAUCGGUGAAUACUCUUGCGUGCUAGAUUCACAAACUUGGGACAACUCACAAGGUGCAAACAGAGAUGACAAAGUCAGAGAGUUUGGAAAUAAAGAAAUCCAGACAUUCAAAAACAGGGCCAAAGCAGGGUCUUAUUUCUGGACUUAUAAGUUUCAGCACGGUGAUGGUGGGGAAUGGGGGUUGAUUCCCAUGAUGAAUAAAGGAUGCAUUCCUCCAAGGAAUAGAGCCGUUACCCUACCUUCUCAGGAAAUUUUUGAAAAAGCGUUUAACGAGAAUUUUCAAGGGCACAUGGAUUAUUGGCAAUCUCAGAACCCGAAUGAAAAAUACGAAGGUUGGCGGUAUAAAGAGGGUUUUGUCACUGGUUGGAAUGAUGCUCUGGAAUUUGCCAAGUUUGGUAAUUCUCGUAUAGGAAGAGUGGUGGCCUGGAAAUCUGCACGUAGAGCAGAGCACAUUAAAGCAAGGGGGAAAAGUAACUUUUUAUGGCAAUGGGAAGCUGGCUUUCAAGAAGCUUUGGACAGAUUUAGCUCCUGCUGUUGAGAAAGCUUUUUGGUAGCCAAUUUUAAUCACAUGUAUGAUACUUGAGCAACAGCACUUAUCGAGUUUACCAUUUUUUACACCUCUGUUGGGUUGAGUUUUUUACUGAAUGUAAGUCUAUUAGGAAUUUAUUUGGAAAAUUGAUCUCAUGUGUAAUUUUUUGAAAUACACUGAACACUUCAACCAUGUUUAACAAAAUGUUACUAAAUUUAGAAAACAAUUACGUA